ACGCUGAACCCGCACACGGGCAACUUUUACCGCAGCCGAGCCCUCUGCCCGCCGGUCACCUUCACAACAAACACGGUCGGUACACGUUUUCAACCGGUAGCAGUAACUUUCGGCGGCGUCGUGACUUUUUGUUUUUAGUUGGACAAGGAAAAAAACAAAAACAACCCAAACCCCCAGAAGAAGAAGAGUCGCCGUGUGUCGGUGCGGCGGCUCGGGGGGACCAUGAGCAGGACAGGUGUGCUGGCAGGUUAAUUAGCGGCUCUGUUCAUUAGCCUCUGUUGUGUCCGUCAUGGAGCACCGACGGUGUGCGACGUCUGGAAGCGGACGCAGUCAGUCGUCGUCGGGUUCACACACCUUGUCCGAGGGAGAAGAAACGACGGCUGCGCUGGACGGGAAAGUUUGCGGGGAUGGAGAGGAGCCUGGUUGCAGCCUGGAGUUUACAUGUGUGGACGAAGCUGAGGACGAGAGAAGCGCAGGAUACGACAAGGAGACGCCAGGACACGAAGAAGAUGAUGAUGAUGAAGAUGAUGAAGAGGACGACAAGUUGGACAACAUCCUCUACCCACCAGCCACUUACCUCAGAAAGUCCAGCAACCCUGAGCUGACUCAUGGAUUAAGUCCUGCUCUCAAACUUAAACGACACCUCAGCGAGGAUGGAAAACAUGUUCGCAGAAGGAGCCUGGGUGGUGGCCUCACAGGAAAGUACCUCCUGCUGCCCACCAACCUCCAGCAGGCCCAGACAGCAUGGCAGCCGUCAUCUGAGAACUCCAACCUGGUCCGCAUGCGUUCGCUGAAUCUUGGAAAGUCGGACCCUUCGCUCACCUCCAGCCCGGCCGUGUCCCUCCUCUGCCUGCCUCACAUCUGCAGGUUACCUCUUGGUCUGAUAAGCUCAGGCAGAGCAGAGGCUGUGGGUCACUCAAUCAACACUCUCUGCAUGCUUUCUGUUCCAGCGCUCCCUUUUUUCUCCAAAGGCUGUGGAAACAACCUCAGCUGCCCACCUGCCAGGAGGAAAUGA